UCCCACACUCAAAGGGAAGUGUAUGAAGAACGACAUUUACGAGUCGUCUUUUUCGUGUUUUUGUGGGAUAUUAUUCUUUAAUUCAUAUCCAUCCAAAGUUACGUGUUUUUUUGGAAUAGUGAGGAAGUACUGGUGAAAAUAAUUCGUUACGAGAAAGUGCGAUUGUUUUUGGCUUUGAUUCGUUAUCUCCAUAUUUUGGUGGGAUAUUAUUCAUUAAUUCGUAUCCAAAUUUAUGUAUAUUUUUUUUUUAGAAUGGUGAAGAAUUACUGGUGAAAAUAAUUCGUUACGGUAAAGUAAGACUGUUCUGAUUCGUUAUUUUUAGACUUUUGUGGGAUAUUAUUCAUUAAUUCCUAUCUAUCCAAAAUUGCGUGUAUUUCAACUGUAAGAAUAGUGAAGAAGUUCUGGUGAAAAUAAUUCUAGACGACAGAACAAGAUUAUUUUGGCUACGGUGAGAAUAGUGACCUGAAGAUAUCAAAAUGUUUCGAUGAACCAAUUAGAGAUAAGAAUAUAGAUAUCGUUUAUCUUUUAUAUGCUCCGUAUGUGGUGAUGUCCGCGCCUAUCACCAUUAAACAAUACGGUGAAGACAGGAAGAGCAGAGAGAGGAAGAGAGUGACAGUAGGUGAUAGUAAUUAGAAGAGAGAGUGUACGGACGGACACCAGGCUGUGUUUGUGCGGGAAACAUUAUCCAAUUUUACCUUUCUUUCUGCGCCCUAACUAAACCCCAUGGCCGGAGCACUCAUCGAGCAGCUGCACAUCCCCUGCCUGUACCUCGGGGAAGGCCCCUUCUGGCAGCCCGAUCUGGAGGCCCUGCUUGUCGUCGACGUGUUCGGCAAGGCAGUCAGGAGGCACUUCGUCAAAACAGGGAGACAUCAGGUUCUUCACAUAGACGAUGGCGGCGACGCAAAGACAGUAACCAUGGUGACUCCUGUAGAAGGAUCUCCUGACCUGUACCUGGUGACCGUCGGGAAUAGGAUCUGCGUGGUGAGGUGGAGGACUGGGGACCCCGAUGAGCACACUGUCAAGCCGAGAGUCCUGAAGGAUACGAAGGAUAGUCUCUUUAAUGAUGCCAAGUGUGAUCCGAUGGGGUGGCUGUGGGUCGGAACAAUGGGCCCACACGACGAAACGGGAGAACUGACGCAGAUGUUCGCCGGCGCCCUCUAUCGGCUUGACCACGACCUUACGUUCAAUAAGUGCGUGGAUAAGGUGUCGUGUUCCAAUGGCCUUACGUGGAGUCCGGACCGAAAGACCUUUUACUAUAUAGAUUCUGAAGCCUUUUCUGUGGAUGCCUUUGACUAUGAUGACGUCACGGGCAAUAUCAGUAACCGCCGCACUGUUCUCGAUUACGCAACGGCAUGUCUCGGCGGCGCUAUUCCAGACGGUAUGACCAACGACAUGGACGGGAAUCUCUGGAUCGCGAACUUUCGGGGCAGCCAGGUGAUCUGCGUCGACCCAGUCAAAGGCCGCGUGACCCGGCAGGUUGACCUCCCCUCCAAAAACGUGACCUCCGUGUGCUGGGGCGGCCGCGACUACGCCACCCUCUACGUCACGUCAGGCAAGAUGCGACUCAACCUGGAGGACCUCGAACGAUGCCCUUCUGCAGGAGGAACCUUCGCCGUCACGGGCUUGGGUACGAGGGGCGCCCCGCCCACUGCCUUCAGGAGCACCGUGGACUUGGCGGCCGAAGACGUUGCAGUGAAGCGCCAGUUACAUCCUUUUGAUAAUCAGUUCGCAAAAAGGUUCUUGGAUUUCCGGGCACACAAUGAGAAAAGAGUCAUAGAAAGGAUUUCAUAUCGAGAAGAAAACAGAACAGAAAAGACUGUGAAUGCGAUGGAGUCUUCUGAGGUCGUUGCGAAGAAUGAGUACCAUAUGCUGCAUUAUGUUGUUAGAAUUCAUAAUGCAGGUUUCACAAUGCAGUCGCUAUGUGUGUGGGUCAUAUGA